AAUGUAUAAUACCUAUUUACCGUGUAGGCGGCCGGUUAGAAUGAAUGAUUAUGGCCUGAAGAGGAUUCCGGAUUACACUGAACUAGCUUAUAAAGAGGCUGUAUCGAAGUUGAAGUAUUUUCUCGGUGGAAACAAUGCGCCAAGCCUCCGUAGUUACACCGGCUCCUCUCUCAAGAACGAUGACAUCGACGGAGAUUUGGACAAAAAGUAUCCCUUCAAUGCCAUCACAGAGUACAAACCACGACCACGUCUUACGGCAAAAUACACCACUCUGUAUGCCGAUAGUUUGAAUAACUAUACGCCUCCACAGAUAAAUACUUAUACACCUCAGCAGACUAAUAAUGUUCCGACCCCUACCAACGACUUGUCAGGUGGAACAAAUCCAGAUGUAGUUAACUUCAUCCAGAAGCAAGAAGAGUACAUUGAACAACUCGAACGAGAGAGUCAGUACUGUAGAGAUGAGCUGAACAAUCUCUUAGGUAAAGUGAAGGAGGUGAUAUCUGAGAAUGACCACCUACAUGAGGCUCAAAAGAAUAAGUUGAUAACUCGAAUGUUCAACACCUACGCUGGCUCAGAAACUGAUGAUCUUGACGAUGUUGGUGAUAGCACAGGUCUAGACACAAGAAAGGCAAAAUCUCGCUCAACGAAAUUAGAGGGCCCCAACAUAGUGUUUGAAUCCCGCAUCGCCGAACUCGAAGCUCACCUGACUCAGGCCAAGAUCGACCUUAAGAAAGUUCAGGAAGAAAACAAUGAAAAUAAACGUAAACUUGCAUCCGGUCUAGUCGACUCUACUUGCUUGGAUGGCUUCAAACGACAAAUUGAUAACUUGCAAAGGGACAAAUCAUCUUUGGAAUCACAAAUUUCAAAACUGAAACUUAACUUGGAGCAUCGCGACGAUGGUGACGAUCGAUACAAACGUGGAGACGCGAUUGAGAACCAGUUAAGAGAGGAAAGGAAUAAUUUGGAAUCUGAAAUACGACGUCUUAAAGACGAUCUAUCAAAAGAGCGUAACAAAGUUCGAGAAUUAGCGGGCGAAACUGCCCGUCGGGCAAUACACGAGCGUAGCGCAGCAGAACAACGAUACAAUCAGCAUUUUGACGAAUUGCAACACGAUCUCGCUGCUCAGUACGAUAAUGCUGCUAAAUUGCAGUUGGACUUGGAACGCCAGCGCCGUGAAGAAAGCGAGCUCAAACGUGAAUUGUCAAUGAAGAACGCUGCUUUGGAAGAAUUAAAAAUGGAACUCAAAAAUAAGACAGCGUCCCUUCAAGCGGACUUAACUCAGGCCCAUGCAGAAAAGGCGUCUUUAGAAGAAGAGUUGGCUAACGCUCGCCUCGCUAUUGAGCGCAACCAGAGGCAAGCUAAACACGAAGCCAAUCGACUUAAUUCUGAGAUACAAUCUCUUCGUCAUCGGCUGGACCGUUCUGAUGCUGAUCUGGUUCAUUCACGCCGAGAAAACCUUCGGCUGUCAGAACAAAUUUCAACAUUGGAAAAAGAGAUAAAUAUGAAGUCUCUAACUCCAAUGACACCAGAAAAGAAGAAAAAAGAACGGGAGUUGUCAACAGCGCUUGAAUCGAUGGAAAAUAAACACGGCAAGAGCUGGGCACUUUGCAGCGUCAAGUAGAGAGGCUGGGUCGCUCCAUGCAAACGACGUACGCGCACCAUCCUAGCACACAAGCACCUUCCUCGCACACUACCACACCCGACAGAAUACCAAACCAUACAACCCCAACCAGAUCAAACGAUACCAGAGCUGAGCCCGCCAGAGAG